ACGCGGGGCCGCCGGCCCAGGCCGAGCAGCGCAGCGGCGGCGGAGGCGACGCCGGGACGCUCGCGACGAGCAGGUGGCGGCGGCGGCGGCUGCAGGACGGCUGUUCUCAGCGAGGGACCCUGCACGCGCUCCUGAGCGGCGACCAUGGGCCUGCUCGCCUACCUGAAGACCCAGUUCGUGGUGCACCUGCUCAUCGGGUUUGUGUUCGUGGUGAGCGGGCUGGUCAUCAACUUCACCCAGCUGUGCACACUGGCCCUCUGGCCCGUCAACAAGCAGCUGUACCGCCGCCUGAACUGCCGCCUCGCCUACUCGCUCUGGAGCCAGCUGGUCAUGCUGCUGGAGUGGUGGUCGUGCACGGAGUGUACCCUCUUCACCGACGAGGACACCCUGGGCCACUUUGGGAAGGAGCACGUGGUCGUCAUCCUCAACCACAACUUCGAAAUCGACUUCCUCUGUGGGUGGACGAUGUGCGAGCGGUUUGGCGUGUUGGGGAGCUCCAAAGUCCUGGCUAAGAAGGAGCUGCUGUAUGUGCCCCUCAUCGGCUGGACCUGGUACUUCCUGGAGGUGGUGUUCUGCAAACGCAAGUGGGAGGAGGACCGCGACACGGUCGUGCGGGGACUGAGGCGCCUGUGCGACUACCCCGAGUACAUGUGGUUUCUGCUGUACUGCGAAGGCACGCGCUUCACGGAGACCAAGCACCGGGUCAGCAUGGAGGUGGCCGCCUCCAAGGGGCUGCCCCCGCUCAAGUACCACCUGCUCCCGCGCACCAAGGGCUUCACCACGGCCGUGCAGUGUCUGCAGGGGACAGUUGCCGCCAUCUAUGACGUCACGCUGAACUUCCGCGGAAACAAGAACCCGUCGCUGCUCGGGAUCCUCUACGGGAAGAAGUAUGAGGCGGACAUGUGCGUGAGGAGAUUUCCUCUAGAAGAGAUCCCACUGGAUGAGAAGGAAGCGGCCCAGUGGCUCCACAAACUGUACCAGGAGAAGGACGCGCUGCAGGAGGCCUACAAGCUGCAGGGCACCUUCCCGGGGCAGCAGUUCAGACCCGCCCGGCGGCCCUGGACGCUGCUCAACUUCCUGUGCUGGGCCACCGUCCUCCUGUCGCCCCUCUUCAGCUUUGUCCUGGGCGUCUUCGCCAGUGGAUCCCCCCUCCUGAUCCUGACCUUCCUGGGGUUUGUGGGAGCAGCGUCCUUUGGAGUCCGCAGACUGAUAGGAGUGACGGAAAUAGAAAAAGGCUCCAACUACGGCAACCAAGAAUUUAAGAAAAAGGAAUAAUUAAUGGCUGUGAUUGAACACGCGUUACUCGACGGUGGUAUCCAAUUAACUCAAUUAAAACAGCAACAGAGCGAGGGGAGAGAGACACUUAGAAACUAUUUUUCUUAUUAACUGGUGACUAAUAUUAACAAAUAAAACUUGAGCCAAGAGAAAAGAAA